AGAACAUAGAAGCCGGAGGGAGAACUGCCUUGAAAGCAGUAUCUCAGAAAUCCUGGUGAUAAGAUGAUAUGGCCCCUGAACCCAUCCCAGAAAGAAGUGCUGAGAUUUGCAAUCAACUGCCGUGUCCUGACUCUGGUGCUGCAGGCUCUCUUCAAUGCUGUUAUCCCAGAUCAUCGUGCAGAAGCUUUCUCUCCUCCUCGCCUCACCUCCUCAGGCUCUCUUGACCAUAUUGUGGAAUUUCUCCUGGGUGGCCUGUCUCACUGGGAUGCUGAACACUUUCUGUUCAUUGCUGAGCAUGGCUACCUGUAUGAGCACAACUUUGCCUUCUUCCCUGGUUUCCCUCUGGCCCUCUUGGCAGGGACUGAACUGUUGCGACCCCUGUGGGGAUUAUUGAGCCUACGGAGUUGCCUGUUAAUUUCAAUAGCAUUGCUUAACUCCUUGUUCUUUGUGCUGGCUGCAGUAGCACUUCAUGACCUGGGCUGUUUAGUUUUGCGCUGUCCCCAGCAGGCUUUUUAUGGAGCACUGCUCUUCUGUCUCAGUCCUGCCAAUGUCUUCCUGACCGCUGGUUACUCAGAAGCUUUGUUUGCCUUCCUGACAUUCAGUGCCAUGGGACAGCUGGAGAGGGGCCAAAACUGGACCAGUGGAUUUCUCUUUGCUCUUGCAACUAGUGUUCGCUCCAAUGGACUGGUUAAUAUUGGUUUCCUCAUACAUUCUCAGUGCCUAAACUUUUUCUCUUCUCUCAUGGUGCUAAAUCCUAUGAGAGAGUUCUUAAAGCUGAUGGGCUCUGUGUUCCUUUCAUUGCUUACACUUGGUCUUCCUUUUGCCCUCUUUCAGUAUUAUGCUUUUACCCAGUUCUGUUUGCCAGGCUCAGACCACCCUAUUCCUCAGCCCUUACUACAGUUUGCUCUAGACAAGGGCUACAGAGUCAUCAAAGAAAAAGAGCCACCUUGGUGCUCCUGGAAACUUCCUCUAAUAUAUAGCUACAUUCAGGAUAUCUACUGGAAUGUUGGUUUUCUAAGAUACUAUGAGCUCAAGCAGAUACCCAACUUUUUACUGGCUACACCAGUAGCUAUGCUGGUUGCCUGGGCAACUUGGACCUUUGUGACCACCCAUCCUUGGCUCUGCCUUACACUUGGGAUGAGAAGAAGCAAGAUCACGAAGAUCCUCUUGAAGUCCAAUCCUGGAUUCCUCAGUCCUGGAGUGUUUGUGUACGUGGUCCAUGCAGCAGUUCUGCUACUAUUUGGCAGUUUGUGCAUGCAUGUUCAGGUUCUCACCAGAUUUUUGGGCUCCUCCACUCCUAUUGUAUACUGGUUUCCAGCUUACUUGCUUCAGGAUCAAGAACCUCUUUUGAGAUCCCUAGAGACCAUGUCUUGGAAGCCUCUUGCUAGGGAUUCCCCACAGGGACAAAAGGUCCUCAGAAAUUCUAUUAUGGGACUUUUGUACAACUGGAAAGCCAGUUCUCUAGUCACAAGAUGCAUUCUAGGCUACUUCCUGACUUACUGGCUCCUGGGACUACUACUGCAUUGCAACUUCCUACCUUGGACAUGA